AUGAGUCAUGACGAGCACCCGCAUCGUCAAGUCGCGGGUGUAAGACGCUACCGCUCCAAGUCCCAAAGACCAUGCGAUUUAUGUCGCGCUCGAAAAGUGCUCUGCAACAUCCCUGAUCCGACGCGUCCAUGCCAGCUCUGCGAUCGCACUGGACGCGAUUGCACGUUUGUGGGAAAUCCUAAUAAGAAGCCCAGGGAUAGUCGCACGAGAAGGCUGGAUUCUGACGGUGGUGGAGGGACGCCGAUUGUUGUGCCGCAGCCGCUUGCGCAGGAUGUUGAUGUUUAUGAGGCGUUGCGGAUGCCGGAUGAGGUCCAAUCUGCAGGCAUUGACACAGGCCUCGAUUUGACUCCUCUGGAUGGCACAGUGUCGCAAUCCAUUUUCUCACCUGGGGGCGGUAUCAACUGGGACAUCUCAUUCGAUCACGGCAUAGACGGCAGCGAUCAACCAUUCGACUUCUUCGCCAACGGCGAACUCCCCAAUCUCGAACCCCUUGAUGAUCCAACGCCCUCAGACUACGGCGAAAUCCCUACCCUCACCCCAGGUAAAUCAGCAGAUCUCCCCGCCAGCCCAACAGCCCUAUUCGAACGCCUCUCAUUCGACCAACGGCCAGACCACUCAACCUCACUAAUUGGCUUUUCCAACGAAUCUGAUCCUUUUUCUCUUAAUCACUUCCCGUAUUCGAGUAGUGAUGAAGUCGACUUUUAUCGCGUUGCGUAUCGACGGCAGCAACAUGCAUUUCCGGCGAAUCCUCCGAUUCACUUUUUGCAGAGUCAGACUGGGACUGCGAUUGAGAGUCAGAAGAUUGUGGAUAAGUGUAUGUCGUCGCUUGGUGAUAGGGAACAUCUUGAGAAAUUGGUGGAUCGAGAAACAGGCGUGGCUUUAGUCAAGUUGUACUUCAGAUUUGUUUUCGAAGAUUUACCCAUCCUUUCUCGCUCUCUUAUCUUUGAAGACUUGAAUAGGUUUGUCGCAGAGGCAUCUACUGGUUUACUUGCGGGCGUAUACGCGCUUGCACUGCCCUUCACGCCCUGGGAUGAGAAACUCUGUCUUGACAGUGCAUAUUUCAAGCCGGAUGUCAACGAUCUCUGGCAAGUCUCCUACACCUGUCUACAAAAGGAACUCCACUUUCCUCGUCUCUCAACCAUCCAGAUAUUUAUCCUCCUACUGAAUCACACUCCCUUUGAUGUCGUCGUUGUGGAGAACCCCUUUGUAUGGUCGUUGGCAGCUUCUAUGCUGGCCAUGGCUCAGUCACUUGGCUUGAAUGUCAACCCGAGUGGAUGGAAGUUACCGGCGUGGGAGGUUCGACUUCGGAGACGGUUAUGGUGGGCUGUUUAUGUUGAGUAUACUUGGCGUGCAGUAACUCAUGGACGAUCUUCCAUGAUAUCUGACGACGACUGGGAUGUUUCACCACUUACAUCUGCCGAUUUUACCAUUGAUCCUACAGCCAGCAUACCGGAAAACAUUCGGGAUCAGUCACUUGACUAUUUUAUCCGUUUGUGCUCAUUGACCGAGAUCACUUCUGCAAUCUGUCGGCAAUUCUUCUCCCUUCGUGCUGCAUCACGGCCUCAAAUCCUCGACUCUCUACUUGAACAGGCUCGGGGUCCACGUCAGCAGCUACUCAAAUGGCUGGAAGACCUACCAGAAUCUCUGGCUCUCAGACCAGAGCCGAGCGAAAGCGACGCAGAUGACUCAGUCAAGAGUCACAGAUCCCUCUACGUAGCAUACUACACCACGCAUAUCCUCGUCUUGCGAGCAUUGCUACGUCCCAUUAUCGACAGUGACACACAGCUCACCCACAUGCAAUCCUCCGUAGAGACAGUCCUCCAAGCUUGUCGCGGUCUCAUCCAAACAGUCAUCAAGUUCAUCCGUGGCCUAGAUGCCAGACAUCAAUCAGCGUUCUGGCCUGCAUAUACACGGAACUGUCUAGCAUAUCCCGGACUAUUCUGCUACAUGCUCUGUCUGCAGAAACGGCAACCUGAUAUGACGGCAUAUGACCAGAACCUUCUCGCGACGUGGAGAAAGACUCUCCGCACGCGAAUGCAGUCGUGGCCCUUUCUCCGCUUUGCUAUCGUCAAGGUUGACGCGAUUUACUGGAAGAAACUGUAUCAGGACAAGAAUUGA